CCACACAUGUAAACCACUAAACUUGACAGGGCGUGUAUUCCAUCAUAAAUAGGCAGUGAAAAAGAACAAAGAGAAGGCAACAAUUGCGAAAGUGAAAUAUAUUACGUUCGAAACUCCAUGGCAAGGACAAGCAUCAAGAUUCUUUGUGCCAUAGUCUUGUAUGCAAUCGCUAUCAGUUCAAUUGGGUGCUAUGCAGCUCAGUCGAAGAAACUACUGUUUGUGUUUGGAGACUCACUCUUCGAUCCAGGCAACAACCAGUACAUCAAAAAUUCAGCGAAACCCGUAUCAACAUCUUAUCCUUAUGGAAUAGACAUGAACAACAAAUCCACUGGCAGAUUUUCAGAUGGCCUUAUAGUUCCUGAUUACAUCGCCCAAUUUGCAAACCUUUCAGUGGAUCCUCCAUACCUUCAACCAGGAGCAGAUUUAACCAGCGGAGCUAACUUUGCCUCUGCCGCAGGUGGUGUUCUAGACGUCAAUAAUGGAGUGCUGAAUCUUAAACAACAGUUGGCCUAUUUCAAGAACGUGGCAAAUUUAAUGUCACAGAAAGUAGGUGCUAAAGAAGCCACAAAAAUUUUAAGUAGUUCUGUGUAUUUAUUCAGCUUCGGAGGCAACGAUUACUUUCGGUAUGAGUCCAGCUACCCUAAUGCCACUCAAUCUCAAAGAGUAGCAUACAUGCGCAUGGUGGUGGCCAAUUUAACAAAUGGCUUAAAGGAAAUAUAUAAUAUGGGAGGAAGGAAAUUUGCGAUCCAGAAUGUUGGACCGUUAGGUUGCUUGCCGGUUAUAAAAGCAGUGCACCCUAGUACAAAUGGCUCUUGUGUUACCAAUUUCUUAAAGGAUGCAAGUCUACACAACAAAGCUCUAUCUAAUCAGCUUAGUAAGAUGGCCAAAGAAUUAUCCGGGUUCAAAUAUUCGAACAUGGACUACUUCUAUAACCUCCUUUACCGAAUUAAUAACCCUACAAAAUAUGGGUUCACGGAAGGGAAAAAUGCAUGUUGUGGCAGUGGACUAUAUAAUGGACUGAAUUGUGGAGUAGGUUCAUACAAGUUAUGCAGUAAUCCAAGUGACUAUCUGUUCUUUGAUGGCGGCCAUACAUCUCAGAAGGCAAAUCGCCAGAUUGCAGAGCUAAUAUGGAGUGGAGUACCAAAUGUUACUGGACCUUAUAAUGUGAAGCAACUAUUUGGGCUUCCUUGAUUAGAUUAUGUAGUGAAUUUGCUUUCUUUUAAAUAAUGCACUCUUUGGAGCUAUAGAUGAUGUAGACUUAUAAAAAUUAAUAUAUAAAAUCAACGUACGUAUGCCGAAUAAAUUAUCAUGUA